ACGAAUACUUACUUUUCGGGUCCUGGCGGAGUAGUUAAGCUGGGGUUAACCCUGGGCCUGGGAACGGAGUGCGGCUUUUGGAGCUGUAAGGCCGGGAACCACGCGUCAGCGUGUGCUUCCCUCUGAGCUCUGUGCCAUGAGGAAUUUCAAAGGAGUUGACUUUGGGACUCUACUAAGAAGUUGGAAGGAGGCUGAAGCCUUACUGUCUGACUUGAAGGAGUUCCUAUCCAAGCCUGCAGCUGAUUUUCCCAACAGCAGAUCAGAUUCUGAAAGAAGACACAUUUGUGAUGCUAUCCUGAGGGCUUGCAACCAGCAGUUGACAUCCAAGCUAGCUUGUCCUAGGCACUUGGGGAGCCUGGUGGAGCUGGCAGGGCUGGCCUGUGAUGGCUACUUGUUGUUCACCCCCCAACGUCCUCCCCUCUACCUGGAACGGAUUCUCUUCAUCUUACUGCGGAAUGUUGCUUCUCAGGAGAGCCCAGCGGCCAUGCUCCGCCUUGCCCGGCCCCUCCAUGCCUGCCUGGUGCAGUGUUCUCACCAAGCUACCUCCCAGGAUUAUGUGACCAUGACCCGGGGUAGCUUUUGCCUACUUUGGAAGGGAGCGGAAGCACUGUUGGAGAGGCAAGCUGCAUUCUCAGCUCGGAUGAAGGCUGUGAGCUUUCUAGUACUCUUGGAGGAUGAAAGUACCCCUUGUGAAAUUCCUCACUUUGCCUCCCCAACAGCCUGUAGAGUGGUAGCUGCUCAUCAACUAUUUGAUAACAGCGGACAUGGUCUAGAAGAUGCAGAUGCCGAUCUUCUAUAUGACUUGCUUUCUAGGCAUGUGAUCAAAGUUUUAGUGAAGGAGGAAGAUAAGACUCCUGAUCCUCUUUCUCCCCAGAGGGCCCUCUGCCUCCUAGAGCUCAUCUUGGAAUACUGCCGUCGACUCUGCUGGAGCUGUCACUUUGACAAGGCCACUAGAGCAGUAGAAAAGGCUGGUGGUUACCUAAGGAACACCAGUCUAGCCCCAAGCCUCCAGCUAUGCCAGUUGGCGGUUAAGCUGCUGCAGACUGGGGAAGAAGGGUCCCAAAUACAAAUUUUGACGAAGGCAUCGGUUAUUUUGAACAACAGUAUGGAGGCACUGUCAUGCCCUCUUAGAGCAUUGUAUGACAGCUGUCAGUUUUUCCUUUCAGGCCUGGAGCGAACCAACAAGAGGCAGUAUAGACCAGAGGCUCUUCUGAGCCUCUUUGCUUUUCUUGGAGGAUACGCUUCCCUUCUGAAGCAGCUGCGGGAUGAUGAUGAUGUCUCUGAAGACUCGGUCAAGCGGCAGCAGUGUUUGCUUCAGAUGUACUUUCAGAGUCUUCACCUCUAUGCUGGGAUUGUUUAUGAGUUUGCCCAAGGCAAUCAGGUAGCUGGUUUGGCUGACUUGGUCCCGCUAGUGGAAAGUUGCAAAUCUGUAGUUGUCUGGAUGCUGGAAGCCUUAAAGGAUCUGUCAGGCCAAGAACUGACCAACUACUUAGGGAUGACUGCCUCUUACACCAGUAACUUGGCCUACAGCUUCUAUAGUCACAAGCUGUAUGCUGAGGCCUGUACCAUCUCUGAGCCACUCUGUCAGUACCUGGACUUGAAGCCAGAAACUUACCCCGAGGUGCCUUCUGAGAAGUUGCACAGGUACUUCCGGCUAUAUGUGGAGAGUUUGAAGAAACUGGGUCAACAAGCCCAGGGCUGCAAGAUGGUGACCUUAUGGCUGACUGUCCUAAAGUCCUGUAGCCUUGAACAUAUGACUGAACCUGUCACUUUCUGGGUUCGGGUCAAGAUGGAUGCGGCCAGGACUGGAAACAAGGAGCUACAACUGAAGACUCUGCGAGACUGCCUUAAUGACUGGGACCCGGAGACCCUGGCUUUCCUGCUGAAAGAGGAGUUACAGGCCUACAAGGCGGUGAGGGCUGACACUGGACAGGAACGCUUCAACAUCAUCUGUGACCUGCUGGAGCUGAGCUCUGAGGAGACACCCGCCGGGGCAUGGGCACGAGCCACUCACUUGGUGGAAUUGGCUCAAGUGCUCUGCUACCAUGACUUUGCCCAGCAGGCUGAUUGUUCUGCCCUCGAUGCUAUCCAGGAAGCCCUGCAGCUCCUGGAGUCUGUGCAGCCUGAGGCUCAGGCCCAGGAUCAGCUUCUGGAUGAUAAAGCCCAAGCUUUGCUGUGGCUCUACAUCUGUACCUUGGAAGCCAAAAUGCGGGAAGGUAUUGAACGGGAUCAGAGAGCCCAAGCCCCUAGUAACUUGGAAGAAUUUGAAGUCAAUGAUCUGAACUAUGAAGAUAAACUGCAGGAAGAUCGUUUCCUAUACAGUAACAUUGCCUUCAACUUGGCUGCAGAUGCAGCUCAGUCCAAAUGCCUGGACCAAGCCCUGGCCCUUUGGAAGGAGGUGUUCACAAAGAAGCCAUCUUCAGCUGUGCGGUCUCUUCAACAGACAGCAGUCUCUCUCCAGAUCCUGGUUGCCCUUUAUCAACUCGUGGCAAAGCCCUUGCAAGCUUUGGAGGCCCUGCUGCUUCUGCGGAUCAUUGCUGAGAGACUGGGGGACCACACAAAAGCAGCCAGCUCCUCCUGCCACAUCACUCAACUCCUCCUGAGCCUCGGCUGCCCCAGCUAUGCCCGGUUAUACCUGGAAGAGGCAAAAUCAAGCCUGAAGCUUCUAGAUCACACCGCCGACCUGUAUCCACUCCUUUCCCUCACUUGUGAUCUACUUCAGAGUCAUCUCUGCUGGAUGCACCAGGAGGUGUCUGAGGGUAUCUCUCUAUUGCUGACUGUCCUUCGGGAUCCUGCCCUUCAGAAAUCGUCCAAGGCUUGGUACUUGUUGCGUGUCCAGGCCCUUCAACUGCUGGCUGCCUACCUUAGUCUCUCAGCAAACAGUCUCUCAGACGCCCUGCGGGAGCAACUCCAAACCCAAGGUUGGCAGACCCCUGAGACAGCACUCAUAGACUCCCACAAGCUCCUCCGAAGCAUCCUCCUCCUGCUGAUGGGCACAGAUGUACUUUCAAUUCAAAAAACAGCUGUGGAGGCAUCCUUUCUGGAUUAUGGUGAAAAUCUGGUACAAAAAUGGCAAGUUCUUACAGAGGUGCUGAGGUGCUCAGAGAAGCUGGUGUGCCGCUUGGGUCAACUGGGGUGUGUGAGCGAAGCCAAGGCCUUUUGCUUGGAGGCUCUGAAACUUACAACGAAGUUGCAGAUCCCAUCCCAGUGUGCUGUCUUCCUCGUGCUGAAGGGGGAGCUAGAGUUGGUUCGAAGUGACAUUGACCUUUGUCAGUCAGACCUGCAGCAGGUUCUGUUCCUGCUUGAAUCUUGCACAGAGUUUGGUGGGGUGACCCAGCACCCAAAGUCUGUGAAAAAGGUCCACCUGCAGAAGAGGAAGCAGCAGGCCCAUGUUUCCUCUAUGCCACAAGUCCUAGAAGAAGAGCCCUUCCUAAGAGGCCUUGAUCUGGAGCUGGUGGCUACUGUGCCCAAAGAGCCUGGCCCCAUUGCACCUUCUACAAACUCCUCUCCAGUUCUGAAAUCCAAGCCCCCACCCAGCCCCGGCUUCCUGUCCCAUUCCCCCGCCUGCGAUUGCUCUCUGUGUGCCAGCCCAGUCCUCUCUGCAGUCUGUCUGCGCUGGGUGUUGGUCACUGCAAGGGUGAAUCUGGCCAUGGGUCAAGAGGCCCAGGGUGUGGAUCUGCUACAAGUUGUGCUGAAGCGUUGCCCUGCAGCCACCAAGCGCCUUACUCAAGCUCUCCAAGCUUCCUUGAAGCACAAAGCACCACCUUCCUCUGUCCCAAGCCUAUUGGAUGAGAUCUUGGCUCAGGCAUAUACACAGCUGGCAUUGGAGGGCCUGAACCAGCCAUCAAACAAGAGCCUGGGGAAAGUCCUGGAGUCAGGGCUGAAAUUUGUGACAGCAAGAAUACACUACCUGGAGCACUGGAGAGCCAGUCUGCUCUUGAGUCAAGUCCUUGCAAAGCUGGCUAGCCUCAAAUGCUGCACUACCCAACUUUUUGCAGAUACUUGGGGAUGGCAGCCACCAUUAAUAAAAAGCCCCCCAAGCGUAGAGCUCUCUAAGACUCGGAGCCAGAAACGGUCUGGACAAGGACGCCAGCAGGGGGCCUCUGCUCCCUCACCCCUCCAUGUUAUCUCUCAGAAAAGUCUGGCAGGUGGAGGGCCACCCAGUACACCUAAGCCUCCAGGCCGCAUUAGGCCACCCGGUCCUCGUGUCCCUUUCACAGUGUUUGAAGAAGUCUGUACCACAAAGAGCAAGCCUGAGGUUCCCCAGGCUCCCAAAGUGCGUCAGAGAGUCCAGACACGCCUCAAGGUGACUUUCAGUGAUGACAGUGACUUGGAAGACCUUGUUUCAGCUGAAGCACAGCUUUUAGAAAAACCUAAGAGACAGAGCACUGCUUCCCGGGGCCGAGGCAAGGCUAGGAAGGCCGAAAACUUGAAGAUAGAUACAGUGGUUGCCCCAAGUAGUACCCCUGAGCCUGCCAGCCUGAGUGGUAGAAGUCGAAGGGCCAAGAAAGUAGCACCAAGACAUUGUGAAGCGCAGGGCCAGGUUGGGCUGGGCCCUGAGAUCAUGAGGACCAUCCCCGAGGAGGAACUCACUGACAACCAGAUGGAAAUGAGCUUUGAGACCCUCAGAGCCUCUGAUGGGGAAGAUUCAGCCUCAGGUGAGAAGGUACCAGCUCCAGCCCCUGAUGCAGCCAUAGGAGAAUGUGAGGUGCUGAGACGGGAUGCCAGCAAGGUGGAUAUGACCAUCCCCUGCCAAGACCUGGAGAGUGACCCCAGUCCUUGGCUCCAGGCCCCCUCCGCCCAUGUAGCCAUUGGUCUUUCUACACUGGAUUCCAUCUGUGACUCACUGAGCAUCGCUUUCCGCGGGGUCAGUCACUGUCCUCCCAGCGGGCUUUAUGCUCACCUCUGCCGCCUCCUGGCCUUGUGUCUGGGCCACAGAGAUCCCUAUGCCACUGCUUUCCUAGUUGCCGAAUCUGUCUCCAUCACUUGUCGUCACCAGCUGCUCAUCCAUCUCCAUCGACAGCUCAGAAAGACCCAGAAGAACCAGGGAUCCCUCGAACUGGCAGAAGAGCUGCAGGAGCUGAGCCUCCAGGAGAAGCCUGGAGAUGUACUCCUGGCCCGCAUCCAGCCCCUCUUCUCCUUCAGGGAUUCAGGAUCUGGCCACUUUCCUCAGCCUGAGAAGGAGAGUUUCCGGGAACGCCUGGCUCUCAUGCCCAGUGGGGUGACUGUCUGUGUGUUGGCCCUGGCCACGAUCCAGCCUGGAACUGUGGGCAACACCCUCCUGCUGACCCGCCUGGAAAAGGACACCCCCCCAGUCACUGUACAGAUCCCCACUGCCCAAAACAAGUUCCCUCUGAGUUCUGUCCUGAGAGAGUUUGACGCCAUCCAGAAGGAACAGAAAGAGAACAGCUGCUGUACGGAUAAGCGGAUGUGGUGGACAGGGCGGCUGGCUCUGGACCGCAGGAUGGAGGAUCUCAUCACAUCCCUAGAAAAGCACGUGUUAGGCUGCUGGCGGGGGCUGCUGCUGCCCUCCAGUGAGGGGCCAGGCCCUGCCCAGGAGGCCUCCCGCCUACAAGAGUUGCUGCAGGAAUGUGGCUGGGAAUAUCCUGACCCUACUCUGCUGAAGGUCAUGCUUAGUGGUGCCAGUACCCUCACCAGCCAGGACAUUCAAGCCCUGGCCUAUGGUCUGUGCCCAGCCCAGCCAGAGCGAGCCCAGGAGCUCUUGAAUGAGGCAGUAGAACGUGUACAAGGCCAGAUGGCACCAAGCAAUGGGCACCUUGUCUUGGUGCUAGACAAGGACUUGCAGAAGCUGCCCUGGGAAAGCAUGCCCAGUCUCCGAACGCUGCCUGUCACCCGGCUGCCCUCUUUCCGCUUCCUCCUCAGCUACUCCAUCACCAAAGAGGCUGGGGCCUCAUCAGUGCUAAGCCAAGGGGUGGAUCCACGAAGGACCUUCUAUGUUCUGAACCCUCACAACAACCUCUCCAGCACAGAGCAGCAAUUCCGAGCCCAUUUUAGCAGUAAAGAUGGCUGGAAAGGGGUUGUUGGGGAGGUACCAAGCCCCCAACAAGUACAGGCAGCCCUGACAGAGCAUGACUUAUAUAUCUAUGCAGGACAUGGGGCUGGUGCCCGCUUCCUUGAUGGGCAGGCAGUUUUGCGACUGAGCUGCCGGGCUGUAGCCCUGCUUUUCGGCUGCAGCAGUGCGGCCUUGGCUGUGCACGGAAACUUAGAAGGGAUUGGCAUCGUGCUCAAGUACAUCAUGGCUGGCUGCCCCUUGUUUCUAGGUAAUCUCUGGGAUGUAACUGACCGUGACAUUGACCGCUACACUGAGGCUCUGCUGCAGGGCUGGCUUGGAGCAGGCCCAGGGGCUCCCCUUCUCCACUAUGUCAACCAGGCCCGCCAAGCCCCCCGACUCAAGUUUCUUAUUGGAGCUGCACCUAUAGCCUAUGGCUUGCCUGUCACCCUGCGAUAGCAUCUCUGAGUUGUUUUAUUGCUGGUAGAAGCCAUGUGACUGUCUACCGAGAAAUUUAACUUAAUAUUUGGAAAAAUAUUUUAAAGUGAUUUCCCCCCCCCCAAUGUUUUAUAUGGAGCGUUUCCUUUCCAUUUAAUAAAAUAAA